UUGUGCCCGUAAUUGAUCAUUUGCAUCCUCCACUCGUGACAUCGCAGGACUUUGCACAACGCUGAGGAAUAUAAAGUUUGUGGCGGUACAUAUGCUGCUGGUAAUACACAUGUUAGUGCCCAGUCGAUUAUCGAAUGCAUCAGUAAAAAUACAAUUAAGAUUGACGAAUACAUUUUACACCGCUAUCAUCACAAAGCCAUUUCAUUAAUAAAAAAGUUAUAAAACGUGUUACGCAAUAUGCCACCUCGGAGGAAAGGUCACUUGCGUCCUGUUAACAGUGAUGGCUGUUCGAACAGUGUGGAGGAGCUUGCUUUCCGAUACAUGAUGUGUAAAGUGGAGUCCAGCACGGAUGAGUCAGACAACAGCCCAAGGUCAUCAGAUACCAGCACAAUGGCCUUGGUGACUAACGGGCAGGAGAAAAUACCUCUUCCAAAGAACAUGUCAUCAUGGUCCCACAAGGUCGGGGGACGGCUUCCAUGUUACUGCCGGUACCUGGACCCCUACGACGGGAGCUCAGAGGACUCCGAUGAGUCCCGCCACGCUGCAGGCCUCCUGCGCGGGAGACCCAGGCAGCACGGGUGCGCCCGCAGCCACUUCCUGUGCCGGAGCAGACGCCUCGUCCCCCUCCAGCCACCGGCGUCGGCCCCCUUGGAGGUGACCAAGCGUGAGCCCCGGGCGCCCCCCCCCUCCUCCACCACCCCCACCACCACCACCACAGGGUCGCCCCUGCUGACCCAGCAGCCGGCGGACGUCCUGAUGGACUCGGACGGCAGCUCGUCCGAGCUCUGGGUUUCCCCCCGGUCCCCGGUGAGCGGCCGAAGCGUCUGCCGGGACCCUGCGGGGAGGACGGGGUCCGGGCACGGCCGUCCUGAGGGAGAGGAUGACCGCUUUGAGGACUCGGGGUUGAACAGCGCCAUCAGAACCCCGACACCACCGCCCUGCGCACGGUCCCCCCCUCACACUGCGGGGGCAGCGGGGGGCAGCGGCCCCUCUGACAGGUCCCCUGGCCCCAGCAGCGACGGCUGCUGCUUGUACAAGAGGAAGAUGAUGGGGCCUCACGUGACGGGGGUGGGAGAGUCUGGGCAGAGGAAGAGGCAGUGUGUUGUCAGCAUGAAGGAAGAGCCGGGGUAAGGGGACUGUGCUGCCCGAGAUGUUUGGAAGACCCUCGUUAACAUUGUGGCGCAUUUUUUUUUUGUACGCCUUUGAAGUGAACUAGUUUGGAUUGCACGUGAGACCGAUUUUUGCACCUUGUAAUUCAGUGCCCUGAUGAUUCAAACAGGUAAAAUGCCUACUACCUUGUUUGACCUUUUCCCAUUGCAAUUUGAGUUAACGUAGUCGUUCAAAGUGUUGCGUUAGACAUGAUUACCUCACCAGAAGACACAUCUGACCUCAGCCACUUCAGUUGUUUGCGUUUAUUGCACAAACCACACUUUUUCUAAUGAAGGCAUUAGUCUGACUUGCCAGUUUGGAGAAGACUAUUCUAAUUCUGUUCGACAGGUAUUUAACAUUAUGCACUUUAAAAGGAUGUUUGAUUCAUGUAAAAUAUAUAUUCUUUUGUCACAGCAAGUGGACUCCUGGAUUCCUUUUACCUUGAACUCAUUGUUCAAAACUAAGAUAUACAGGUUACCCUUUUCCCCCAAGUAUACCACAUAAACAUCACAUGGCAUUCUGCAAAUUAAACAUGAACACAAUUCCCCAUAAGUAACAUAUCAAGGAUCCUUGAAAUUACAGCUCUUCAUUACACCUACUCUACCAUAAUGUCAGCUUCCCCUGGGCCUGUGAAGUUAUGACGAGCUAAUGGUCUUCACGGUAUUAGGGAUAACGGGAAAGUUUUCCAUUGUAUCAACAUAUUGUAGUCUAUGGUACCUUGAAAAGCUGUCUGCAAAAGAUAUUGUCUACAUGUGGGCCCACUUCUGUUGUAUACACCUGAUUUACUCAUUUUAAAAUGUGUAUACCACAUCAUUUCAUCAUGGUGUGUAUCAAAAUAUGCAAUACAAACAUGCAUUUUAAUUUGAAGGUCAAAGGG